AUGAAGUCGGAGCUUUUAUUCACGCUUGGAACCGGAUCACCUAUACCUGUGGUGGAAAUGGUCCCAAAGGACGAAGAGACGAACAAGCUGCAGUAUCUUCGAGAGUUCCCAUGGUUUGCUAACGAAAGCUGUGAUCAGGUGAAAAACUCGCUGCCCGUCGUGGAUUGCCCAAAUAGCGUCUGCAUCAAGGCUGUGAUCACGGAACCACCAGCAAAAAGAGACGUUUGCAUGCAAGGCGGUGCUGUUGUACGAGAUUGCUGGAGUCGAGUGAUCGGACAGGACGGUCCUUUUGCACUGGAUCCGAAAGCACGACGAGAUAUAUACUAG